UUUUUUUAAAUAGUCGGUGAAAGACGAAACAGCUGAUUUGUUUCGGUUUAAAGCACAUGUUUCGUGCGGUAUAGUCGCAGAAUAUUUGUCAGUUUUUUCAUUGUAAAGUAUUGAAGUUCGUUCGUUCGAUAAAAUAUAAUUAACAAGGGGAAAGAACGUCCUCUUUAGUAGAUGGUUCUUUGUGAAAUGAAAAAUAUUCUCUAGGUUGUAUUUUUUGAAUAAUUUCUCUUACCCGAGAAAAAUGGCUGACCGUGAUAGCGCAUCCGAAAGCGACUCGAGUUCAAUCGACGGUGGACCGAUUAUGAUGCCACCCUCUCCAAUUUCUCGUGAACAAUUACAAAAAAGAAUUGAAUCGCUUCAACAACAUAAUCGUGUUCUUAAAGUUGAACUCGAAACUUAUAAAUUGAGAGUAAAGGCACUUCAGGAAGAGAAUCGUAGCCUUCGUCAAGCUUCUGUCAUUAUACAAGCUAAAGCAGAGCAAGAAGAAGAAUUUAUCAGCAAUACGUUAUUGAAAAAGAUACAAGCGCUUAAGAAAGAAAAAGAAACGUUAGCUCAUCAUUAUGAACAAGAGGAAGAAUGUUUAACAAAUGAUCUGUCCAGGAAAUUAAAUCAGUUACGUCAAGAGAAAUGUCGCUUAGAACAAACUUUAGAACAAGAACAAGAAUGUCUCGUGAACAAGUUAAUGAGAAAAAUAGAGAAAUUGGAGGCAGAAACGCUUGCGAAACAAAGCAAUUUGGAACAAUUACGUAGAGAAAAGGUUGAACUUGAAAAUACACUCGAACAAGAGCAAGAAGCUUUGGUCAAUAAAUUAUGGAAACGAAUGGACAAGUUGGAAGCAGAAAAAAGAAUGCUUCAAAUAAAGUUGGAUCAACCUGUAUCAGAUCCAACUUCUCCAAGGGAAAUUAAUAAUGGCGAUACUGCAACUAAUUUAAGUACACAUAUUCAAACGUUAAGAAGUGAGGUUGCACGCUUAAGGCAUACUUUACUAAUAUCACAACAAGAGCAUACGGAAAAAAUGCAACGCUACGUUAACGAAGAGAAACAAAUACGCGAAGAAAAUUUAAGACUGCAAAGAAAACUACAAUUAGAAGUAGAACGUCGAGAAGCUUUAUGUAGACAUUUGUCAGAAUCAGAAUCUAGUUUGGAAAUGGAAGAAGAACGUCACUACAAUGAAAUCGUAAUGUCGGGUGGAAAUAUAAGAAAUCGCACGGUUUCUAGUCCCGUCCCGUAUAAUCCUUCGCCUAGUUCUUCUAGGCCACUCAGUCCAGGUAAUAAUGUAAUAGGUUCAGCAUCACGAGAAAAUUUCAAUACCAACCGGUGUUAUGCAUGUGGUCAACCAACUACUCUUCCUUUUACUAGUUCGUCUCCUCCUUCGGGGGGACACAUAGUUCCACCAUCUACCAGACGUACAUCUGAUAGAUUUGUUAAGCCAGCAAUUCCUCCAACUAUUGUGAAUCCUGCCGGUCCUCAGCUAACAAAUCCUACUGCUAAUACAACUGGAUCACCUAUGGAUAUUGCUAAAACAUAAAUAUUUGGGAUAUAUUUAUCAGUUGGUCUGGUAUCGUCAUUUAUAUAUUAAUGAAAGGUACUUCUUUUAUUGGUGCAUUUGUACUAAUUUCAUGAUGAUAUGAUAGAUGCAACCAGUGGCUUGAAAAAGACGUUUGGUUUCCAUGUUUUAUAUAUUCUCCAGUUACAGUGUAAUGAUUCGAUUUUGUUAGAAUUACAAGAGGAAAGCAAAUAUGUCAUUAAUUAAUCUAUAUCGUUACACUAGCUAACAACAAAAAAAAAACAAAAAAAAAAACAACGCUUAUAUUAUAUUACAUAAGAACAUAAUCUACAACAGUAUUUAAGAAAAAAAAAAGGGAAAAAAAAUAAACGUAUCGAAACUUUUGAUUUUCAUGGAAAAUAGCCUAAUCAAAGCUAAAAAAAAAAAUAUAUAUAAAUGUAUUCUCUUCAAAUAAUAUCUCGCUCUCUUACCUUUUGUGUUUCGUAUCAUUUUUCAUUAAUUUUCUUUAACGACUGCAUAUACAUUCAUUUAUCUUUUUCUUCUUUCAAACUUUAAAAAGAAAAAAAAAAAAAAAAUAAUAAAGUAAAAGAGAAAAAAAAGUUUUUAUUAUUAUUUUUAAUUAAGUGAUGUUAGAUUUUUUGUCUAUGUUAAAUAUUUUUGUUUUGCUCCUUUCAAUUAUCUAAUGUUUGUUGAAACAAUACACACACAAACGAAACAAUAAACAGUGUCUCAUAUGCGUUUAGAGAACUGAUUUUUGAUAAAACGAUAUUUUCAAUUGUAAAAAUCUUUAUUGCAGUAUCAUAUGAGCGAGAUUAUAUUUAUAAAACAAUAUGCACGCGUGAUAUCUAUGUAAUUGUUAUGGAUACAAAAAAAAAAAAAAAAAAGGUUUAGGAAUUCGGGUGGUAGAAGUCAAUAAAAACUUCACAUACGUGUUCAUAAUGUGUGUUGUCAAAGUUUUAUCUAAUAAUACUUCUACGAUUUUCCUGAAGUACUUUUUAGAUGGAAACUUCAAACAUAAUAUUAUAGUGCUAUAUCAAAAAAAUGGCAUGCUGCUUCCAUAUUUCAAACAGAUGUAAUAAUUGUAAUAAUAAUACAAAACACAUUCGCACGAUGUAGUUCGUAUCAGCACAUAAAACCAUGUACAAGGAGUUGGUGGCUUUGCCAUAAUUUGUCUGACUAAUUAUAUUUUUACAAAAAUAUAAAUUAAAAAUUUUUAAA